GUCAUGCGUGAACAUAUCAAACAAGAUAUUUUGCUUAAUUAAGGGCGCGUAUGGUUUAAGUUAAAUUGUGCCACCGCAGAGAGAGAAUAGGCGAGAGUGGAAAGGACGCAGGAAGCGCAUCUCCAAGGCCAAUUGCCUAGGUUUCGUUCCAUGGCCCCCUCCUCCGCCCUGCAGCAGCUGCUGCUGCUGCUGCUGCUGCUGGCGUAUCCGGCCAAGCCCUGCGUCUGCCUCGACAUCCACCCUCAAGACAAAUCCACUCUCCUGCUCCUCCGCUCCGGCCUCCAUGACCCCUCCGGUUCCCUCUCCUCCUGGCUCCCUUCCAAUCCUAACUGCUCCUCCUGGUCCGGACUCUCCUGCCACCCCUUCUCCCGCCGCGUCAUCUCCCUCAACCUCUCCUCCCUCCGCCUCUCCGGCCCCCUCCCCCCUCCCCUCUGCCUGCUCCCUUCUCUCUCCUCUCUCGAUCUCUCUCACAACCUCUUCCGCGGCCCCCUCCCUUCCUGCCUCGGCAACUCCUCCUCUCCCCUCCACUCCCUCCAUCUCGGCUUCAACUCCCUUCUCGGCCCUCUUCCUCCCUCCCUCCUUCUCCUCCCCUCCCUCCGCUUUUUGCAUCUCCAGCAAAAUUUUCUCUCCGGCUCCCUCCCCGAUUUUCCCCAGCCUUUGUGCUCUCUCAAUCUUGCUUCCAAUCUCUUUUCUGGAACUUUGCCCUGCUUCUCUUCUUCUGUUGCCUCUCUCUCCUUCUUAAAUUUAUCCCACAAUUCCAUUGUGGGUGGCCUUCCUUCUUGCAUUGCUUCCUUGCAAGCUCUGACUCGUCUCGACUUAUCCUUUAACCGCUUGACCUUCAAACUUUCCCCCCGGCUUAUGUUCUCCCAGAAGCUCCUCCUUUUGGACUUGAGCCACAAUGACUUCUCCGGUCCUAUUCCCGGUAAACUCGCAGACACCACUGAUAAAUUGGGCCUCUUUCUUCUUGACCUCUCCCACAAUCAGUUCUCUGGUGAAAUUCCGCUGAAAAUUACGGAAUUGAAAAGCUUGCAGGCUUUGUUCCUUUCCCACAAUCAUCUUUCUGGGAAAAUUCCUGCUAGAAUUGGAAAUUUGACUUACCUUCAAGUCAUUGAUCUCUCGCACAACUCUUUGUCCGGUACCAUUCCGUUGAAUAUUGUUGGGUGCUUUCAGCUGCUUGCCUUAAUUCUUAACAACAACAACCUCUCUGGUGCAAUUCAACCCGAAUUUGAUGCAUUGGAUAGCUUGAAGAUAUUGGAUAUAAGUAACAACGGGUUUUCCGGUGAGAUUCCACUCACUUUGGCGGGCUGUAAAUCUCUCGAGAUUGUAGAUUUUAGUUCCAACUACCUGUCUGGAUCCUUGAAUGAUGCGAUAACCAAAUGGACGAACCUCAGGUAUCUUUCUCUGGCUCGGAAUAAAUUCAGUGGAAAUCUGCCCAGUUGGUUGUUCACUUUCGAAGAAGUAGAAAUGUUGGAUAUCUCGGGCAACAAAUUUUCAGGCUUCAUCCCUGAUGUUAAUUUUAAGGGUGGCUUGUUGUUUAACAAGAGAGGCAUCCGCGUUAGGGAGCCAUUGCGUGCAGCAAGCGAUGUGCAGCUGACAAUUUCAGUUGCCGUUGCUGAUAGCAAUCAAUCCAGCUUUAAAUAUAUCCUCUCCUCAGUAGUGGGGAUUGAUCUAUCCCGCAAUUUGCUUCGCGGAGAGAUUCCAAAGGGUUUGUUUGAACUAGCUGCCUUAGAAUAUCUGAAUUUGUCGCACAACUUUCUUGAUGGACAAGUCCCAAGUUUGCAGAAAAUGCAGAGUUUAAGAGCCUUGGAUUUGUCACAUAAUUCCCUGUCUGGUCAGAUUCCAGGAAAUAUUUCCAGCCUUCAAGAUCUGACCCUCUUGAAUUUUUCGUAUAACUGUUUUUCUGGGUAUGUCCCCCAGAAGCAGGGGUAUGGGAAGUUUCCUGGGGCAUUUGCUGGAAAUCCAGAUUUAUGCCUGGAAUCAUCCAGCGGAAGAUGUGAUAGAACAAGAAAUGCAUCAAUCAAAGGGAAAUCUUUUAAGGAGGAUAUGAUGGAUGGACCAAUAUCUGUGGGGGUUUUCUUUAUAAGCGCCUUUGUUAGUUUCGAUUUUGGUGUUGUUGCUCUCUUCUGUUCAGCUCGAGCAAGAAAUUACAUCCUCCAGACCAAAGCUUGAUGCAAUGCCCGUCACUCACGAUGACACAUUGUCACCUGUGGCUUUCUAUCUUCUAAACCAGUCUUCAUCAUCGCCCAACCACUGAAUCUAUAGGAGGCGUUAUCUCCUUCCAUGGUCCAAGUUACUUCACGCUAUUCUCUGGACGCCAGCCGUAACAGUUACUGAUCUCCUUAAUAAGAUGAUGAAUUGAAGCGGAAGUGGUGGCAAUUUGAUGUGAGAAAUACUUUCUAGUUCUAAUAUACAGUGUCAUAUCAGAAUGAUCAGAGAUCUUGACUCUAUUCAGAAACAAAAUUGGAUUGUUAAUAGCGAAGUCCUUAUGUAUGAUGCAUCAGAGUUCGCUGCUACUUGCUAAUAUUAGACAGAAUGAUAAGAGAUUUUGGAUC